CAACUUCCUUUCGAGACCAAGCGUACACAUAAAGGAACCUCGCAGACAUCGACAUGGCCAUUUGUGGCUUUUCCAGGUUGCGUACAAGACAGGGGUGUGUGCGCAGUCUCGUAGGAAUUAUCAUAUUUGCCCUGGUGUACGUGACAACCAUCUGCUUUAUGCAAAAUCGGACCGUAUGGUUUGCAAAUUAUGGGCACAAAUUCCAUAUGGUGCCUAAGCAGACCGUCAAUCCCCUGAGCACUAGAGAUCCUGACCUCCGUUGGGAUGGACAAGUCGAAGACUUCAUCUACCCCGACAAUGCCAUCUACAUCGUACCAAACAUUGUCCACUUCAUCAAGUUCGGAGACGAUCCUUUGUCUUUCAUCGAAGUCAUCUGCAUCAGGGCGGCCUGGUUGCAGCAACGACCGGACGCCUUGAUGAUUCACUGUGACCACUGCAACGCCAUCGUCGAGAGUCCCCUAUGGUACCUCAUCGAAGGCGUGCCCACGCUACAGCUGGAACUCACAGAGAGGCCCACGGAGGUCUUCGGGAUCCCGUUCAGCUGCGUUCAGCACGCUGCAGACGUGGCCAGGGCUCUCAUCCUGAUGAACUAUGGCGGAAUCUACCUGGACAGCGAUUCGUACCUGGUGAAGAGUCUGAACCCUUACCGCAGUUACGAGAUGUCAAUAGGGUGGCCUCCGGGAGAAAAUGUCGGAAUUCAAGUACUCGUGGCGCACAAGGAUGCCCGGUACCUGAGACUCUGGUACGAGUCCUACCGUGCUUACCGUCCUGAUCUAUGGUAUUGGAACGCGGGCGAGCUGCCGACAAAGAAGUUCCUCAGCAUUAGGCCGGAUCUUGUAAACCGGGUUAGGUACGACUUUGGCGUUGCGGAGGAGGCCACACUGACGCUCUACGACCAGUGCGACGAUAGUUGGGGGAACUACUCGUCCUUCCACACGUUCUUCAGGCACAUAUUUCGCUACGUUCCUUCAGAGCCCGAGCGCUUCGGGCCGCUGACCCUGGACACCGUGCCCUACUACGACAGGAACUUUGGCCAGAUGGCGCGACUGGUGCUCUUCGGUACCACGCGACUUGGAGCCAACGAGUUGAGGAGCGUCGACUGGCUGUCGAGGCACGGUUUAGAGUAUUCCGAGCACGGAUGCGUGCAGGCAGACGAAGAGAGCUAACGGAAGUUUAAGAUGUGGAAGGUUUGAAAAUUUUUAAGUGGUCUAUAGACGUUUGCAAGCACGGACUCUGGCCGCCGCCAUCUUGCUGCU